AUGUCUGACCGAGGUCGCGGCAUCCCGGAGGAGGAGCUCUUCAUGAGCCGCCCAGCACGGGAUGACGGCGACAGCCCUACCAUCGAACCCCUGAGAAUCUUCAAACCUCAGAGCCCCAGGCCGGCCGUAGAUAAGCAGACCGACCACCGCUUCAAGUAUCCCUACCCGGUUCCGACAUCCUCUGCGGGCUCCUCCUCCUCGAAGCCAGCCUUCCCCUUGCCACCCGGCGCAUCCAGCUCUGCGGCGCCCUUGCCCUACCCAGACGAAGACGACGACCGAUUCACCUCCCAGUCUACUCGUCCAACGUAUACCACAGACAGCCGCAAGUCUUCGGCUGCCUCAGGAAGGGUAUACGGCUCGGGAGGCUCUUCGAGCCCUGCACCUGGGAGCUACAACGAUAUAUCGCCCCGGUUCAACCUCAGUCCUGUGGGCGACAACCGUCCCGGCCUCGCGGAGAGAAGAGGCACAGCUCCUAAGCCCAUCACAAGCCCGACAAGUCCUGGUGGCGAUAAGGACGAGCUCUUCGCAAAACCUCUGAAGAACCAGCAGAAGGCGUCCUCAACGUGGCAGAGUAAGCCAUAUUACCCACCGCCCGAGAGCACUACCUCAUCCGGCUCAGGUUCGAGCUCUCACACCGCCAAUGCAAAUGUACAUGCUCAGCGCCAGGAUUCGAACCAUCUGGCCAUGCCUUCUGAUGGGAUGAACCGCUUCCCGUCUACCGCCUCAAACUCCACCACCAAGGCCAACAGGGGCUCGCCUCCCCCACCUGAAACUCCCAUCGUCGAACCAGGGAAUAUACCAGGUGGUGGUAUCGAAGCCCGGUAUGCGGCCGCCGGCAUAUCUGGCACCGCGACCCUGAACGCCCUGCAAGCGCAGCAGGCGCAGAGUGCUGCAGCUUCGCAGCGGCUUGCUCAAUAUGGCGGCCAGCAGCCACAGCAGCCACAGCCCACACGGCCCUGGACUCCCACCGAUCACCAAAAUACCCACGAUGCCCCCACCGUAUACCAAGGCUCUGCUCCGGUGGGCAGUCCGCCGCAGGCCGCUCACCCUGCUCAGCCUCGCCCGAACGCCUCGGGCGAUGGGCCUGCGCUCCAAGUGAGUGUGUUGGAGCAGGACUUUCAGCGCAUGCAAGCGUCAACACCACCGCCUGCGUACACCAGUGUGAAUCCCGGUGGGUCAUCUGCCUACCCAGCGGAAAAGCAGAGGCCUGCGGCCGGGAGACAAAGCAGUGCGAGCUCUGCUACAGCAGCUCCUCAACAGUCAGCAGCAGCUGCUGCUGUUGCUUCUACUCCAGCCCAAAGCGCUUCUGCUGGUCCGAGUGACGGAAAGAAGCCAACGAUUUCAACCUCGUCUGUCGCCGCCGCCGGACUGGCUUCUCCCGUUACGGCGCCACACAAUGCGAACCACCCAGCUUUCGCGAACGACCCAAGACCGGCAAGCGCGCAGAAUGGCCAUCCAGCCCUGCAGCACACGCCUUCCGUGCUCACCCAGGCACAGUCGCCUCCUCCGCUGCCAGAAGGUUGGAUCGCGCACUUGGAUCAAAACUCAGGCCAGUAUUACUAUAUCCACCUCGCGACGCAGGCGACGCAAUGGGAAUUUCCCAAAGGACCGACCCCGAUGUCGCAAGACGUGGCGCCCCUUUCCCCUGUGGGCUCAACGUACGGCAACCCGCUGGCAUCUCCCUUCUUGGGAGGCAAGCAAUCUCUGGCCUCACCUGGGCUAUAUCCUCCGUCCACUCCGGGGUAUGCAGAGAGCAUCAUGAGUGUCGCAACAGCUACGCCAUCAGCAGCAGGCUUCUCAGGGCCACCACCCAGCGCUGGUGUGGACAUGUACAAGAUUUCACCAACAAACGGUGUGUACUUCGGGCCGUACCUCCGGUACACCAACAUGGACGUCGAAAAAGGACAAUGGCUUGGCAGUAUCAUGAUCAUCACAGACGCUCCGCAGCCUCCCACAAUCCAUAUGCAUUUGAGCGUGGACCUCUCCCCGAAUCCACGGCAGCUGAUCCCACAGUCCAUAUAUACUCACCAGCGUUGGACGUUCUAUAAGUAUGAAAUUGACAUUCCGAUGGGCGAAGGCGGCUCUGAGCGAUGGACAUACGCGAUCACAUCACACCUGGGAUGUACCAGAUACGAGUUUGUCGUUGCUGGCCGACAUGAGAAUGGCUGGCGGUUCAUCGCGCACUCGGGUAAUGACUUCGCUGUGAGCACGUCGCAGAACGAGCGGGCCAAGCUUGGUGGCGCGGGUCUCAUGUGGAAGGACGUGCUGCAGAAAAACGUUGAAUGUGGUGGCUUCCACGUCCAGAUGGGGCUGGGAGACCAGAUUUACGGAGACCGUCUGUGGAAAGAGGUUCCUCUCCUCAAGCAGUGGCUCUCCAUGCAAGGCAGGGAAAACCGUAAGAAUGCACAGUGGACUGCACGGCACGAGGAGGACGUUUCCCAUGCGUACUUCCACUACUAUACUAGCCACUUCGACCAGCCUUUCCUGCGUGAAGCGUUUGCGCAAAUUCCUCACAUCCUGCAGCUUGACGAUCACGACAUCUUCGAUGGCUUCGGCUCGUAUCCCGCAUAUAUGCAGCAGUCAGCCAUAUUCAAGAACAUCGGGCGGAUAGCCAUCGAGAUGUACCUGCUGUUCCAGCACCACACUACUAUCGAGAUCCUCCGCAACGUUAACCAUGAUCUGGACCUCUUCACUAUUACGGGUACGGGAUGGCAUUUUGUCAAGUACCUUGGCCCAUCCGUUGUCGUAGCAGGACCGGAUCUGCGGUCGGAGAGGAAUCAGAAUCGCGUCAUGGCCGGACCCACGUACCAGGGAAUAUUCCCCAAGGUCGCCAUGCUACCACCCUCCGUACAGCACUGCAUUUGGAUGCUCUCAGUCCCGGUUGUUUACCCGCGUCUCGACACGGUUGAGACACUGGCAAACACAUUCGCCACGGGCAAGAAGGCAGUCAAUUCAACAUACAACCUACUUGGCAAAGCAACUUCGUCCGUCGCAGGCAUUAUUGGUGGCAAAGAGGUCGUUUCUCAAGGGUUUACUCAAGUGAAGAAGGCCGUCGGCAAAACUGGACUAAUGGGUAAUGUAUUGAACCAAUUUGGUGAUUUCGAACUCGCCGAUGAGCUCAGGGACCUGUGGACCCAUGAAUCCAAGGACCUUGAGAGGACGUACUUCAUCAGGACGCUGCAAGGAAUUUCACAGCAGAAGGGUAUUCGAAUGACUUUCUUUUCCGGAGAUGUCAACUCGGCCGGCGCAGGCCUGGUGCACGACCCGUCGCACCCAUCAGACCACAAGACCAUGUACCAGAUCAUCACGUCGCCCAUCGUGGCGUCGCCGUCAGGCAACUACAUCCUCAAGAUGCUGCACAACAACAAGCUGCUCUACGUGCCGGCCAACGGGCACAAGUCGACGCACGAGGUGUCGGACACAAAGGAGGACAUGAUGGAGAUCUUCCACACGGAUGCGUCGGGCGCGGCGCGCGAGCUCAAGAAGCUCAUCGGCCGCCGCAACUACGCCGCGUGCGUCGUGUACGACCCGGACACGCUCAACGGCGGGGCCGGCGGCGUCGGGGGCGCGGCGGCCGCCAGCAACUACGCGCAGAGCACCACCGGCAGUGGCAGCGGCGGGAGCGCCGGCGGCUCGUCGGCCGGCCUCAGCAAGCUCAGCCUCGCCGUCGACUUUGUCGUGCAGGGCGACGGGCAGUUCACCAUGCCGACCAAGUACGGCCCAGUCAUCGUGCCGCACCUGGAAUUUGGACACUGA